AUGUCAUUUGUUUCUGCUCCAAUAUCACGUCAGCACCUUGGCGGACGUUUACGUGAAUCAGCUGUUACAAAUGGUCGUACCAUAAAGUUUGUUACGGAAGUUGGAUCAACGACAUCGUUGACAAGCGGUUCCGGAAUGUUAAGUGCAUCACCGUUUGGUCAGAAUGCUGCGUCAACCAUACGCGAUAGCCGUGAACGUGAGAAAAAAGAGAUGAGUGACUUGAACGACCGCUUAGCUACCUAUAUUGAAAAAGUUCGUUUCCUGGAAGCACAAAAUCGAAAAUUAGGAGCGGAUUUGGAUCUUCUUCGUGGAAAAUGGGGAAAAGAUACAUUUAACAUCAAGCAAAUGUAUGAAGGAGAAAUUUCGGAUGCGCGUAAGUUGAUUAAUGAAACGAUAAAACAACGUGAUGAUCUGGAAAAACAAAUCCGUAAAAUGCAAGAUGAAUUAUCCGACUAUCGAAAAAGAUAUGAAGAAGCACUACAAUCACGUGAUACAGAUCGUAAAAAAAUUGAUGACAUGUUUUUACGGCUUUCACAAAUUGAAGCUGAAAUUAACGCUUUACGACGUCGCAUUACGGAAUUGGAAGAGGAAGUGAUGCGUAUCAAGAAAGAAAAUCAGCGACUAUUGGGAGAACUGCAACGAACACGAACUGAUGUAGACCAAGAAACGCUGAAUCGUAUUGAUCAUCAAAAUCAAGUACAAACACUAUUGGAAGAAAUUGAUUUCAUCAGACGUGUUCAUGAACAAGAGAUACGUGAGCUUCAAAGUCUUGCCGCUCGUGAUACUACACCCGAGAAUCGAGAAUUCUUUAAGAAUGAAUUAGCAUCCGCAAUUCGUGAUAUUCGUGCUGAAUAUGAUCAGAUAACAAAUGUCAAUCGUACGGAUAUGGAGUCGUGGUAUCGUUUGAAAGUUCAAGAAAUUCAAACUCAGUCGGCUAGACAAAACAUUGAACAUGGUUAUGCUAAGGAAGAAGUAAAAAGAUUGCGUACACAGCUUGCUGAUCUUCGUGGCAAACUGACCGAUUUAGAAGGACGAAAUUCUUUGCUUGAAAAACAGAUUCAAGAGCUAAACUACCAGCUAGAAGAUGACCAACGUUCAUAUGAGGCAGCGCUGAAUGAUCGUGAUGCGCAAAUUCGAAAGAUGCGUGAAGAAUGCCAAGCUUUGAUGGUUGAACUUCAAAUGCUACUUGAUACUAAGCAGACAUUAGACGCCGAGAUAGCAAUUUACCGCAAGAUGCUAGAAGGUGAAGAGAAUCGUGCCGGACUGCGUCAAUUGGUAGAGCAAGUUGUACGUACUCAUGAGUUAACUCAUCGAGAAGACACCGACACGAUGAAAAUUAUGAAAGGUGAGGCUGCAUCACGCGCAUCAUUUCAACGAUCUGCUAAAGGAAAUGUUUCCAUUCAGGAAACAUCUGCUGAUGGCACCUUUAUUAUAAUACAAAAUACGCAUCGCGCUAAGGAAGAAUCAAUUGGUGAAUGGAAAUUAAAAAGAAAAAUUGAUGGGAAAAAAGAAAUCAUAUAUACAUUUCCUCAUAAUUUUAUUCUUAAACCUGGAAAAAGUGUUAAGAUUGUAGCCCGUGGACAUGGCAUUUCAUCACCACCUGAACAGCUUAUCUUCGAUGGAGAAGAUUCAUUUGGAUACGGUUCAAAUGUUCAUACCACUCUUUAUAGUCGUGAUGGUGAGGAACGAGCUACGCUUAUUCAACGUUCAAGCCAAGCUUAA